AUGUCCUCGUCUUCGGUUAAUAACCCGACCAAAACCCUCUGGUUGAACCGGUUCUACUCAUCGCUAAGAACCGUGCUAGCCUGCGCCAUCGUCGGCGCCGUCACCCUCUGCCCUCCCGCCGCGGUCCACAACCUCCUCCACUUCCCGGCCUUCUCUUACGUCACCACCAUCCUGAUCGUGUCGGAGGCCUCGCUGGGACAGGUCAUCAAGGGCUGCUUCUGCGCCCUCUACGCCACCGUCCAGGUGACGGCCGCCUCGGUUCUCGCCCUGUGGCUGGUCGGACCGGGAACGUUCGCCCGAAGCGAAGGGGCGGCCGCCGCGGUGGCGUUGACCGCCUUCGUGGUGGCGCUGCCGAGGUCGACCCCGCUGCUGGCGAAGCGGAUCGCGUUCGGGCAGGCGGUGAUCGUGUACGUUAGUACGGUUGUGAAGAAUGGGGAAGAAGGAGAGAGUAUUGGAGUGGUGGUCGAACCGGUUCGGGUCGCGGCCAGCACGGGUUUGGGAGUGGUGGCUUCGCUUUUGGCUGUUUUGCUUCCUUUUCCUCGACUUGGCUACAACGAGGUAAAGAGAACAUGCAGAUUGUACAUCCAGAAUGCUUCAGAGAGACUAAGUUUCCUUCUACUUGCACUCAAUGCCCAAGACAACCAAGCUGCUUCCGACUUGAUUUCAAAGGCGAAAUUCCCGGCUGCCGAGGGAGCCAAGCAUCUUCAGUCCAUCAGAGAGGCCCAAGGUGGUAUGAAAUGGGAGAGGCCGCACCUGAAAUUUCUAAGCCUAAGCUUGAACGAUGAAGUAGAGACACCAAUCAGAGGAAUGGAACUAGCACUCUCUUCUUGCCAUUCAUUUCCCAUCGCCUUGAUGGACGAUCACGAUCUUAAAGCAGAAUCGGCCAGGUUGAAAUCCAGAAUAGAUGUAAAGCUAGAGCAGGCCAAGUGCCUGACAACUUCUGAUGCCAUCACAGCUCCUGAAACAACAACAGAGUCGUCCAACAAUGCCUAUCCCUGGUGGCGGCAACUUAGCAUCGCCGCCCACGAUGAUCUCCCAACUCUCUUCUUUCUCUAUUGCAUGGAACUCCUCCAAGGAGGAUUAAAGAUGGAAGAGGAAGAAGAAGAAGGAGAAGAAGAAUUAACCAAACCUGACAUUGACAUAACAAAGGGAACCAGGAGGCUACAGAGGACAUGGACGGCUGUGAGAACAAAAAGAUGGAAUUUUGCAUUCAAAUGUUCACUCUCUCUUGGUUUGGCAGUGCUAUUUGGAUUGAUGUUCAACGAGAGAAAUGGGUACUGGUCAGGACUCACCAUUGCAAUCAGCUUCGUCACAGAGAGGCAAGCUACAUUCACCAUGGCCAAUGCACGUGCCCAAGGGACGGCGAUGGGAUCGGUUUACGGAAUCCUCUGCUCCUUCCUGUUCCACGGCCUUGUGGAAUUGAGAUUCCUUCUCGUCCUGCCUUGGAUCGUCUUCGCUAGCUUUCUCAGGCAGAGCAAGAUGUAUGGCCAGGCAGGUGGAAUUUCGGCUGUUAUUGGUGCAUUGUUAAUCUUGGGGAGGAAGAAUUAUGGGAACCCAAGUGAAUUUGCAAUUGCAAGGAUCACGGAAGCAACCAUAGGGCUGCUCUGCCUUGUUGCAGUCGAGAUUGUGCUGCAACCGGCAAGAGCUGCAACUCUGGCUAGAACGGAGAUUGCUUGGGGAUUAGAAGCAUUCAGAGACUGUGUAGAAGGUUUUACUCUGUGCACUGACAGAAAAGGCUUGUUCUUUUCAAGUACGACACAGAGAGAUAAGCAGAAAAUUCUGGAAUGCCAUGUUGAUAAGCUGAACCAAUUCGUCAUGGAAGCAGAGGUGGAGCCUAAUUUCUGGUUUCUGCCCUUCCAUGCUACUUGCUACAAGAAAUUGCUAGGAUCUCUAAGAAAAGCAAGCGACCUCUUGCUCUUUGUUUGCAAUCAAUCUGAAGUGUUCUCAUAUGGAGCAGACAGACUACAACUCGAUCAGAAAAGGGUAGAAGACAUCAAUGCUGAUCUAGAACUUUUCAGAGACAAGGUUGGCUCAACAUUGAAAUGCUUACAAAAAGUCAUCUCCUUUGAGUUCCUCACAGACCUUGAAGAUGGGUUGCACAAGGAGAAAUCAUCUUGCGACAUUGAAUUGGGGAAACCACCAGAAGGAGAUAAGUUGAAGAUGAUGUUAGGACCUGAUGAGGUAACAGUUUCGAACCUAGUGAAUGGUUUCCUCCAACACUUGAGGGAAUUAGGUGAUGUCAUUGAUAAAAAAGAAGCAGAACAGAAGGUGAAGAGCCAGAUGAUUCUUUGCUUAAGUGGGCUAGGGUUCUGCAUCGGUAGUUUGAUUAGAGAAAUAAAAGAGAUUGAGAAUGAAGUACAAGAACUGAUUGCAUGGGAGAACCCAACAACAACACAAGUCAAUGUGUAUGACGUUUAUUGUAAAAUCAGUGAUCUUCAUAAAAUAUGAAUGCCAUCGAUUCUCGUG